GUUCUGGAGUUGUACUUGCACACAAGGCUGAUAUACCCUCAACAGAAGUUUCUCCUCCAAGUCCCAGUCCUCUGAAAAAAAGUGGAUCAAUCAAUUGGCCUUUCCCUGAUAGAAUUAAAUCUCCCAGGACUGUGAGGAAGCUUUCCAUGAAAAUGAAAAAGCUGCCAGAGCUGAGCAGGAAACUGAGUGUCAAGGGAACUUCAAGCCAUACCAGUUCGGAUAAUCCUCCUUCCCUGCUGAAAGGUAGCUGCCAGGAUACAAGCCAUGCAGUGUCUUUGCCAUCUUCUGGAAACUCAACCACAGCUGCCAGCAGGAACGUGAUAAGUCGUUACCAUCUUGACAGCAGCGUGUUGUCGCAACACACGUAUAAAAAGAAAAGCUCGAGGAGCUCCAAAUCCUUCAACAAAGGUGGUUACCUCAGUGAUGGCGACUCUCCCGAACUUAUAACAAAAUCAGGUAAACAUGGGCAUGAAACCAAGUGUGGGAAAGGAAAGGAGAGCCUUCCAAGUAACAGUGGUAAAACUGAAAUAGAUAUUGAUGCUUUCAGACACUAUAACUUUUCUGAUCAACCCAAGUGCUCCCAGUACAUCUCUGGACUCAUGAGCAUUCACUUUUAUGGUGCUGAAGACCUAAAACCACCAAGAAUAGACUCAAAAGAUGUCUUUUGUGCAAUACAGGUUGACUCAGUAAACAAAGCAAGAACAGCCCUGCUUACUUGUAGGACAACAUUUCUAGAUAUGGACCACACGUUCAACAUAGAAAUUGAAAACGCUCAGCACUUAAAGCUGGUGGUGUUCAGCUGGGAACCCACCCCACGGAAAAAUCGUGUGUGUUGUCAUGGAACCGUGGCUCUUCCCACUCUCUUCCGAGUGACAAAGACACAUCAGCUGGCUGUCAAGCUGGAACCGAGGGGGCUUAUUUACGUCAAGCUAUCGCUAAUGGAGCAGUGGGAGAACUCUCUUGAUGGUCUUGAUGCAGAUCGGGAGCCUGUGAUGUUCGGGGUAGAUGCUCGAAAAGUUGUAGAGAAGGAAAAUGCAGGCUUGAUGGUGCCACUUUUGAUGCAGAAAUGCAUUCUGGAGAUUGAAAAGAGAGGCUGUCAGGUGGUGGGCCUGUAUCGCUUGUGUGGCUCCGCAGCCGUUAAGAAGGAGCUUCGAGAGGCGUUUGAGAGGGACAGCAAGGCCGUGACUCUCUGCGAAAGCCAGUACCCAGAUAUUAAUGUCAUCACAGGCGUCCUAAAGGACUAUCUGCGAGAGCUACCCUCUCCCCUGAUAACCAAGCAGCUCUACGAAGCGGUGUUGGAUGCCAUGAUGAAAAAUCCCUUGAAAAUGACGACAAGCGGUUGUGAGAAUGACCCGAGUGACUCUGAGCACGCAGCAGCCCUGCUGGAUUGCCUACCAGAUGUUGAGAAGGCUACCCUGAAGAUGCUGUUGGAUCACCUGAAACUGGUGGCUUCUUACCAUGAAGUAAAUAAGAUGACGUGUCAGAAUUUAGCUGUAUGUUUUGGGCCCGUGUUACUGAGCCAGAGGCAGGAGACCACCAACCAUAACAACAGAGUCUUCAUGGACUCAGAAGAGCUUGCUAGUGCCCUGGACUUCAAAAAACACAUAGAGGUUCUUCACUAUUUACUCCAGCUGUGGCCAGUACAUCACUCACCUGCCAAAGAACCAGCACAUCUGAAUGCAUUUCCCGAGCACCCAUCCUCCCUGAAUUACCUGAGACCCAAGAGGCAGAGACCUCAGAUGCUGAAUCUGAGCGGCACGGAGAUGUCUGGUGUACUCAGACCAAGGCCAGCAGGUCUAGACAGCCCGUCGAGCAACCGCUACGCUGGAGACUGGAGUAGUUGUGGGGAGAACUACUUCUUAAACCCAAAAGACUGCCUGAGUGAAGCAGACUACGAUGAUGUCCCUUCGGAAGACACAGAGAGCGGGGAUGACAGCAGCAAAGCCGAGGAGUCGGAUGCCCCGGUAAGACACCCGCAGCCCAUCCCCAGAGAGCACACGUUUCAGAGCUAUUUGACAAUGCAAGCAAUAGACUCUGCGGUGGAUCACAGAGCAAACCUCAAAGACCUGCAGGAAAGUAUUGAUACUCUGAUAGGAAACCUGGAAAGGGAACUCAACAAAAACAAGCUAAAUAUGAGUUAUUAA